AUGCAGAAGGAAGAAAAUGUUGAUUUCCAUGAUGAUGACGAGGAGACGGAAGAUGAUGACGACGACGAUGACGAUGAUAGUGGCCAUGCAGACGAUGAAGAUGAUGAUUACAACAUUGGCAGUGAUAACAAAGAUUGUGACGGCAGUAGCGAAGACUAUGAUGUAGUUCUCCAAGAAAUUGGUAGUUCCAGCGAAGACGAUACUGAAGACGAAAGGGUGAAUGAUGAUAUAGAAGUUGAAUUAUGUUCAAGAGUCGUGCGGCGUGUUACAACAUUUCAAUCUCGGAGAUUUUUCGGGGAUUCUGACUAA